GCGGCGGCGGCAGCAGCAGCGUGGGCGGACCGGGAGACACUCUACAGUGUGACCGAAACUCUGAGCCGGUGCUGCUGGCGGACAGAUGCAGAGGAGCCGGUGUGCUUUCCCCCCUAGAACCGGAGGCUUCACUCGGCUGAUAUUUAACAUCUGUAUGGAAACACCGCCCUCUCUAACAUCUGGAUCUCGCGCCUGAUAGUGAAACUACUCGUACCUCGUGCCCGCGCGAUGUGUGGCAGUGAUAACUUAUGAAGUGACCGGCGACGUGUGCGUCUCACCGGUGGAGCCGUCGGUGCUGUGCCGGGCUGCAGGAACCGGACUUAGUUUGAAGCUGGCAGGUUUAGGAGGAGGUAGCGAGCAUGGAUGAGCCGGGCAGCAGGAGCAGCAGCCUGCAGAGGAAAAAGCCACCAUGGCUCAAACUGGACAUCCCAACUAUUCAGCUGACGCUGGAUGAUGCAUCCACACUCACCCAGCCGGUAAAGCGCCUGCGCAGCGUCAGCAUGCCAGGGGAAAACCCACAGGCUUGCAUCGCUGCCUUGGAAACUUCCAACAACUACCUCAGACCUCCUCUGGAGAGAUUGCCCUCCUUCACACAGUCCAUCAAGAGUGGGAAAAAGGUGCGCUUUGAGCGGGUCAACACAGUUCCCCCAAAGGGCCAGAGGGGCCCCAGGAGGGUGUCAACCGUCCGAAGGCGGUCCUGCAUCCCCAAAAUAUUGACCCGACGGCGUUCAUCUAUACCCAAACAGAUCAUCAGGGGUACAGCUGACUGGUUCGGGGUGAGCAAAGACAGUGACAGCACCCAGCGAUGGAGGAGGAAGAGCCUGCAGCACUGCAGCCAUCUUUACGGGGGUCUAAAGGCACAGGUGAUGCGGGAGAUGGAGCUACACAGCCAGGACAACCUCUCCCUGGCCAGCACUGAGACCCCUCCUCCCCUCUACCUCCCACCCCACCACCCCAGUCACCACCACUAUGGCAUGCAGAGGAUUGUAGACCCCUUGGCCCGGGGUCGAGCCUUCCGCAUGGUGGAAGAGGUAGACGGCUUCAGUGUCCCGCAAACUCCCAUCACACCCGGCACCGCCUCCCUCUGCUCCUUUUCCAGCUCCCGUUCCGCCCUCAACCGGUUGCCGAGACGACGCAAACGGGAGUCUGUCGCAGUCAUGAGUCUCAAAGCUGCAGCAGCGUUAAUGAAGGGUCGGACAUUAGGCGACAGCACUGCCGGGCGAUGUCGCAGACGGAGUUUCAUGCCUCCUAGUUUCUUUGAAGACGACACUGUGGACUUCCCCGAUGAUCUGGACACGUCCUUUUUCACCAGAGAGGGCCUCCAGGAUGAGUCGUCCAGCUAUGCUGACGAAGUUUUUGAGACGCCAUCGGAGGCUGCUGUCAAAGAGCUGGAUGAGAGCGAGCUCACGGGAAGCGCGCUGGAUAAGAACGAGCUGGAGAGGAGUCACCUCAUGCUGCCCUUAGAGAGAGGAUGGCGGAAGGCAAAAGAUGGCUGUCUGGUCCAACCCAAGGUGCGUCUGAAACAGGAAGUUGUGAGCGUCAACAGCCAUCAGCAGCGGGGACAAAGAAUUGCCGUUCCUGUUAAGAAGCUGUUUGCCAAAGAGAAGAGGCCGUACGGGCUCGGCAUGGUCGGCCGUCUCACAAACCGGACGUACCGCAAGCGCAUUGACAGCUAUGUCAAAAGGCAGAUUGAGGACAUGGAUGAUCACAGGCCUUUUUUUACAUACUGGAUCACAUUUGUCCAUCUGCUCAUCACCAUUCUGGCUGUCACCAUCUACGGCAUUGCUCCUAUCGGCUUCUCUCAGCAUGAAACUGUCGACUCUGUGUUGAGGAACAAAGGAGUUUAUGAAAAUGUAAAGUUUGUGCAACAACAAAACUUCUGGGUGGGUCCAAGCUCGGAGGCGCUGAUCCACCUGGGGGCCAAGUUUUCCCCCUGCAUGCGUCAAGACGAAGAGAUCCACAAACUAAUCCAGGAGAAAAGAGCGAGAGAGAGGGAGUCGGGCUGCUGCGUGAGGAACGAUCGCUCCGGCUGCCUGCAGACUUUACAAGAGGAGUGUUCGAGUACCUUAGCAGAGUGGGUGAAGUGGCCUCAGCAUGCCAGUGCUCCCUUACUGAACGGUACACUACGUCAGCAUGGUUCAGUCUGUCAUCAGGACCCGAGAAUUUGUCUGGAGCCAGCCUCAGUUUCGCCUCAUGAGUGGCCCGAUGACAUCACCAAGUGGCCAAUUUGUACAAGGUACAACUCUGGGAAUCACACCAACCUCCCCCACAUAGACUGCACCAUCACAGGCCGACCCUGCUGCAUCGGAACCAAAGGACGAUGUGAAAUCACUUCAAGAGAGUACUGUAACUUCAUGCACGGCUACUUCCACGAAGAGGCGACUCUCUGCUCACAGGUGGCCUGCAUGGAUGAUGUGUGUGGUUUGUUGCCUUUCCUCAACCCGGAGAUCCCAGAUCAGUUCUCUAGACUCUGGCUGUCUUUGUUUCUUCAUGCUGGGAUCCUGCACUGCCUGGUGUCAGUGUUUUUCCAGAUGACGGUGCUGAGGGACAUAGAGAAGCUGGCUGGCUGGCUGAGAAUCUCCAUCAUCUACAUGCUAAGCGGUAUCACAGGCAACCUGGCCUCAUCCAUCUUCCUGCCCUACAGAGCAGAGGUGGGUCCUGCAGGGAGCCAGUUUGGCAUCCUGGCCUGUCUGUUUGUGGAGCUGUUUCAGAGCUGGCAGAUCCUCGAGCGACCAUGGCGGGCGUUUGCCAAGCUGCUGGCCAUCUCUGUCUUCUUCUUCUCCUUCGGUUUGCUUCCUUGGAUCGACAACUUUGCCCACAUCUGCGGUUUUGUGUCAGGAUUCUUCCUGUCCUUCGCCUUCCUGCCAUACAUCAGCUUUGGCCGUUCUGACAUGUACCGGAAGCGGGUCCAGAUCUGCGUCUUCCUGGUGGUCUUUCUCGGCCUGCUCUCUGCCCUGGCCGUCCUCUUCUACGUCUACCCUGUGAAGUGUGACUGGUGCGAGUACCUCACCUGCAUCCCCAUCACAGACAAGUUCUGCGAGAAGUACGACCUGAACGCACACCUCCUCUGAACGCCGUGUCGGGACUGUUUCUAGACAUGCACUGACGCCGACAUUUCUAAAUGUCGGAUGUUGAUGAAGUUGAAAGUUGGAUAUGGUGUUCCAGUGCAACUUGUGACUGAGCAAGAACAUUUCACCUGGAAUACUGAGCAGUAUUUCAGGCUUUCAUGUGGACCUAUUUGUUUGUUUUUAAGGUACAACAGACCCACUAUGAAUAAAGGCUAUGCAUGAAAGCCUUCAGGCGUUUGAUUAAAAACAUUCAUAUGCAGGGGGGAACAAAACUAACGAUGAAGAGUUGACUGAAAACGAUUGAUUUAUGUGUGAGUGAUCUCUAGCUGGGCUAAUCAAUGACCAUUCACACUGGAGGAGAGUUUAAAGACAGUUGUUUGCUGCCAAAUUAUUUACCUCUCCUCUGUGGUAAAGCGGAGUUAACAGCACCCCUUAGUGGCAAAAAGGAAGAGUAACAACCUGAGACAGCUGCAAUGGAUUUUCAUUUUGUACUUUUUUUUUUUGCUGAUGUCCAAACAGUUUUGUCCAUUUACUGGAUGUCCUUAGAGUUCAAACUCGCCAAGAAAUGAGACUUCAAAAUACUUCAAUGUGCCUUAUUGACACACAGCCACAGGUUUAUGAUGUCUUUUUGUGCCAUGUAUCAGUUUGUGUCAGCAGUUUUUGAUGUUUUUGCUCCUGUUCCUCAAACUCUGCAGAAACUGUAAUUCACAAACUGAGAAAGUCGUGUAAAAUAGGUUUUUACUUCAGUAUUUAGUGGCUCGAAUGCCAUUUCUUGUUUGUUUUUUUACCAUUCUGGAAACCUUGGUUUCCACCACAGCCUUUAAUGCACUUCAAAUGGAUUGUUUUUUUUUAUAUUCACCCUGUGUUUCAUACAGAAUGCACUCGUAUGUUAAUCUGCUCCAUUGUGAAUAGCUGUUACUGAGGUGAAUUUGAGUUGUUUUAUUCAAUGUGGUGGCGUUUUAGCUACCUGACAAUAAACUCACCAAGACGGA